GCACAGCGCAUCGCUGCCACCAACCACGCCUUUGCCGCCAUCCUCGGGGAUGGGACAGCCCUUGCAUGGGGCAGCGCGCGUGCUUUUGCUAAGCGCCCCCGAGAUGAGGGAUUUGGUGGGGACUGCAGCCUGGUGCAGCAACGUCUCAAGGGCGUGAAACACAUCCAAGCCACGCAGGCGGCCUUCGCUGCGCUCUUGGCCGAUGGCUCUGUGGUAGCCUGGGGUAGCCCGGAAGCUGGUGGUGACAGCAGUUCCGUGCAACAUGACUUGAAAAAGGUGACGCAUAUCCAGGCAACGAAGACUGCCUUUGCUGCGAUACGGCAAGAUGGAUCU